UGCGAGGAAUCCUCCAAGAUAAGCCCGAUGGAAGACAAUGCAGCGAAGAUCAUCGGCUGCCAUGACAGCCUGCUGACGGACCCCAGGAUUGCGCAGGACUUCAGCGCAGAGACGGACGAGUUGCUGGCGGAGGCGGAGAACCUCUUCAAGGUGGGCGACGGAGAACUGGCCAUGGAGAAACUCAUCGCUCUAGAGAAAAAAUGCAGACAGGCAUACGACGGAAAUUCGACAAGCAAAAUUGUACGAUUUAUCCUGAACCAGUACAAGGUAGCAGGAGAUUACAAAAAGAUUAACGAAUAUCUGGUAUUCUUUAAUAAAAAGAGAGGACAACUUAAGAAGACCAUUAUCGAUAUGAUCAACCUAUGUAAGUUAUGGAUCCCGGAGGUGGAGAGUAAAACAGAUAAGCUUAACUUAAUUAACACCCUGUGUACAAUCAGUGAGGGAAAAAUAUUUGUUGAAGUGGAGCGCUCAGAAAUCGUGAGGGUAUUGUCCAAGAUUAAGGAGGAUGAUGGGAAUAUUGAAGAAGCUGCCAAUAUUUUACAGGACGUUCAAGUGGAGACAUUUAUAUCUAUGGAUAAAAGGGAUAAAACAGAAUACAUCCUGGAGCAGAUGAGAUUGGUUUUGUUAAGGAAGGACUUCAUUCGAUGCCAUGUAAUCAGUCGGAAGAUAAACCCCGCGCUGUUAAAAUCACCUGAGUUUGCUGACUUGAAGUUAAAGUACUUUAUGUACAUGAUAGAGUAUCAUAUUAAUGAGGAGGCGUACGCCGAGGUAGCCAAAUGUUACGAGGAACGAUUCAACACAGAACCCGUUUUGGCAGAUGCAAAUUUAUGGGUUGAAGAAUUAAAAUGCUACAUCAUCUUUUUAGCACUCUCCCCAUUUGAAGAUCAACAGACAAAAUUACCCAACUUACUAAAAACAGAAAAAAAAGUUAAAAGAAAUACCCGUCUUCCAAAAUAUCGUCGAGGAUUUUAUUAA